AUGGCGGAGACAAUGUUCAACUGUAAAUCGUGUUUAAAUGUUAGUAGCACUACACCUAAUUCUGACCUACAAACCAUUGAGGUUGGAGAAGAAACUCAUUCUCAACCUUUAGAAAUAGCUCCUAUUGCGGUGUCUCUUUCGAGUUCUCUUAAGGAAGAGUUACUAAAAGAUUACUAUAUCUAUGUCCUUUCUGAUAAUGACUGCCCUCCGGAACCCAAAAACCAGGCCGGCGAGGGAUCGUUCCCGAGGAAGACAGAGCCAGAAUCUCCUUCGAAUGCUGCUACUUGUCCUCGGCAAUGGGAAGAUGAUGUGCCUUCCUUCAGCUUUAGGAUAAGUCCCCCAGCAUCUCAACCAACGCCCCCGUCUCAAGUCACAGUGACUCAACCAAGUCGGCCCUUUCAGCCGAUGGUGUCAAAGCUUGAAGUCCUGGCAGACGUGGUGAUAGAUGCUGGGGUGACAGCAGCAUUGAAGUUUGUUGAAGCAACAAGUGCCGAGCCGAGCUUCACCGCUGCCGAAGUUUACAAAACUCCAGAGAAAGAAAUCACAGAGGAGUUGAAGGAGAAGUGUUAUCAUUUGAUGACACUUGUGAAAGAAACCAAAGAUAAUACCGAUGAAUAUGACCCCUUAUUCAUCUUGAACCAUCAAGCAAAUUUUGAGGGCCUUAGACAUGAUUUCAUGUCUCUAAUGCCCAGACAACAUGUGGAAAGCAUGGUGGUCAAUACACAUUUCAUGAUUCUCAACGACAUAAAAUGUUCCCGGUUUGAGAAAGAUAUAUACUGCGUGCCGAUGGAUAUUGUGAUGUUUAUGUUGGGAAACCAUGGCGGGGAUUACAUUGAUCCGAAGACCAAGAAGGCCUACCGCUUUGAUGUCGAUCGAUAUGCACACCAACGCCAGUUUCUUAACAAAAGAAAACUCACAUCGGAUCCAUUUCUAUUUGUACCAAUUUGCAAUGGAGGGCACUGGUGGUUGUGGAUUGUCAAUGUCUAAAAAAAGGCAUUCUAUGUGCUUGACCCUGUGAACAAGAACAAAAAUGAAAUACCUGAUUUAAGAAUUAAACUGAACAAAUUUGUUGAUUACGGUGGGGCGAAACCCUUAAUGGAGGACGGAGAUGGAGAAGAAAUCGAGUAUAUUAGGCUGAAUGGUCAACGUACAAGCUAUGAUUGUGGCAUAUACGUCAUGAAAUGGCUUGAAACAAUACUCGAAAGAUCAAAAGCGGGAAGAUGUAUCAAUAUAAAGCUUGGAAACAAUUGAAAUGUAAGAAGAGAUUAAUGCUUUCAGGCUUGAAUAUGGUCCAAAUAUUCUAUUCCACAAACUGAACAAAAUGAGAGACUAAGUGAUUCGGGCAUGUGAAGCAAUAAGACUCUCGAAGUCAUAUGCUGCCCUCUCUAGUCCUUUUUGUAAAUUCACAUCUGGGAUUUAUAUAAUAGUAAAUAGGAUAUACUUUGUUUAACUGGUUGUAAUUAACACUAUUUUGUUUAAAAAAGCAAACACUGCUUUUUUCAAUGUAUAUAUCUGGAUAUUAAUGUAAAUCUUAAUGUAUAUAUCUAA